UGUUAAGGGCUUAUGAGUAGACAAACAUAUUUUGGGGUUACAAGGUUUUGGUAUAUUCUUCCAAGUUCGCAAGUCGUUUUCACAAGCUAGCUAGUUAGCAAGCCAAUGCUAAUAGAGGGUUUGUUUACAUCAUAGCCUGUCGUUUGCUAACUGAGGCUAGCUAACAGUUCGCCGUAACUGUUGUUUAACUGCGCAUUUGUGAGUUGCAUUGAUGCAAGAAUCUUAAAAAACAUACUUGUUUAAAGAACUACAGUACAAUGUAAAAUACCAAUGUCCAAGUAUCUCCUACAUUCAUCUUUUUGCAGCAUAAUGUAACGUUAGCUAAAACCAAAUGUAGAAAUUAAUGCUCCGUUCUCUUAUUGAUAAUCGAAGUUGGUAUAAUUGAUGCCAAGUUAAAUUAUUAAUCUCCACUGUUCGUGAUUGACAAAGUAAAAAAGUAUGUAAAGCUUGCAGCAGAAAAGUAGUGCAACAAAAACUAAGAUAUUUCCGGCUGAAAUGCAAGUAACAGAAACUUUAGAGUCUGAAAACAUGGAAUUACACAGGACAGUAUUUUAGUGAAUGCACAUACCUCUGCUGACAUAAUCUUAGUGUUUGAGUAAUGAAAAUAGCUGAAUUGUCAUUGAUGUCUUGAUUGCAGAUAAACAUGGAAUAAGAAUCCCAAAGUAUCUGAUUCAUUUCAACGGUUGGAGCAGAAGCUGGGAUCGGUGGGCUGCUGAGGAUCAUGUCCUAAGGGACUCAGAGGAAAACCGUAAAUUGCAACAUAAACUGGCUCGCAAAGCUCUAGGUCGCAUGAAGAAAAAGGGAUGGGCGAAGAGGCGCCGUCGUCAAUCUGGUACCAAAUCCUCCUCUCUCAAAAUUCUUCCUAAGGAGGACGACAGUGACGACGCAUGUCUGAUUUCGUCUACAGACAGCAGUGACGGGGACGACUCAGACACUGAAUCUUCAAAUAGCGGGGACAGCACCUUCUCUGAGGAUACUGACAAAAUGAGGGUUGAGCCAGACAUUACUGUUAAAAGAGAAUGUGAGGAAAAGAUUAUCCAUGUUGACAUCAGCAUCCCUGAUAUCCUGAAGAAGAAACUGGAGGAUGACUGCUUUUACAUUAACAAGAGAAAGAAGCUGGUGAUGGUUCCUUGUCAGACGAAUGUCGUGCACAUCCUCGAGUCUUACGUCAAACACUUUGCCAUCAACAAAGCCUUCAUGGCCAACGAGAGAUACCGGCGUCAGCAGAGCGCCACACAGAGCAGCAGCCCACAGCCUGUACCUCCAGAAAAGAGCGAGGAGCUGUGUAAGGAGAUGGUCGACGGGUUGAGGAUCACGUUUGACUUCACCUUACCCAUGAUCCUCCUCUACCCGUGUGAACAAGCUCAGUUCAAAAAGGUCAGCUCAUCCAGGCUCUUCCUGGCCGUCAAUGAAAGCUCCCCCUGCUCCAGCAACGCCCAAAGAGAGCGCAGCCCCAGCCCGUUGGGGCACAACCCGCCCACCCCCCAGUCCACAGACAGCCAACCAGCACUGAGCGACAUAUCUGCUUCCACGCCCACCGCCCCAGCCCCCACCCCGAAGCGCAGGCGCCACCCCGACAUGGACUGCAUCUCCUUCCAGUCUCAGUCCCUCAGACGCUCCACCAGGAACACGUCUGGAGGAGACCGGCCAGCCGAAGGAAGCAGUGGAGGUGGAGGCAGUGCCACAGCAUCCCCGCAGCUCAAACGCCGACUGAUCGACACCUCAUCCCAGCCAAAGUUCUUCCUUAACCUCGACAGAAAAACCCCAGUGCACAGUGGCUCAUCCUCCCCGUUGCCCUUGACGCCAAGCAAAGAGCGCAGUGGGCCUUUCUAUGGCCUUGAGAGCCGGAGGAACAAUGAGCUUAAUGAGGUACUAAGUUGGAAGCUGACUCCAGAUAACUACCCUCUGCAUGACCAGCCCCCCCCACCUUCAUACCUGUACGGAGCCCAGCACCUCCUGCGUCUUUUUGUGAAGCUUCCUGAAAUCUUGGGGAAAAUGCAGAUCCCUGAGAGGAAUCUCCGAGCGCUGGUCAAGCACUUGGAGCUCUUUCUAAGGUUUCUGGCUGAGUUCCAGGAGGAUUUUUUUCCUGAGUCCGCAUAUGUGUCAGCAUCAGAGGCCCACUACAGCAUGAAACAACCGAGGCCAAUUUAUUAAAGGAGACGUCGGCCAUUGUGUUUCCUUCCUUUGCGUGUCUUUCCCCUCCAGCUUGUGUACACUGAGCUGUCUGGGCUCGUUCACGGAGCAGCUGUCUCUGGAUUGUCGCUAUUUUGUGUUUUUUCUGGACCAACCUUUCUUUUUCUCUGGGCUAACACUCCUGCUUUUGGGAACCAGUUGCGUUAACCCUGCCACUAACCCUCGCCGAUGCUCACUUUGCAUUUCGAGCCACCCUGCUCCGCAUUCAUUUACUGUUUCAAGGAAUGUCGGGGGCCACAUGUUGGAAUACCUACCUUUUUUUUAGGGGCCUCACAAGUUAAAUUCACAGGACACAGUUUCUCUCCAUAUUUACAUCUGCUUUUUCUUACCUGGCCUACACUUUUUAAGACCAGGCGAUGAUUGGAAAGUUCUCCAGGCUUCCAUCAUUUAGCUGUGACAUAACUUCUCUGCAAAAGCCCCAUCUCUGUAGCCGGAAAAAACAAUACUUUGGCCUGUUCAUAGAAAGAGAAACAGACACAGAUUAGACCGCAUGUGUUGUUGUCAUUGUGCCCGCCAAAUAAACUCAUUUUGGAUACUCUUAAGGGCAUUACUGGGUCACCUGUUCGGUGGCUUGGCCCCAUUUUUUGUAAUGACUUCCUGUCAGUGCUGGCAGCGCCGCCAGGGAUCCUCUUCCGGAUAAGAUUCCUCUAAAUCUACAGUUGGACUUGCGCCUCCUCAACAUGAAACAUUGGUUGUCUGUAGAACAUAUUCAAGAGGCAUGUCAUAAUAAAUGCAUUUGGAGGUCAUCUGUAUCAACCAGUAAUGUAUACAGUUAAAGACCUGAGAUAGUUAUUAUCGUCUAGUUUGUUGAUGACAAACCAGAUUAGCCCGUAAAUGUGUCCAGAACAAAUUCAUUAUUCCACUGAUGCCUUUUACUAAAUUGUGAAAAUGUAAAUAACCGUUUUGAUAUUUAUUUUUGUUUGCACACCAUGUUCAUAUAUUUUUUCAAUUGGAUAUAAAAUACCUGGCCAUGCUCAUUCCAGGCCAGUUGAAACACAUUCAGUUUCUGAGCAAAUACAUUUUUCUGUACAAAAUAUGUUGAAAUAGCUGUAUUGUAAAACACUUGUUUGUGUGAUACAAUGGAUCUAUAUACGUGUAAUAUUGUGUUCUGUGCAGAGCUAUGAUAUGCAUAGCCUGUUAGACAUUUCUUAUGUUCAUUUAUAAUGUCUGUUUCCUAUCAGCCAUGUUUUCUUCAUAGAGUUUGAAUAAACACUUUCUGAAGCUCAUCUUAUUCACAUGUACAUAAAGCACCAUAAUGAAUAAACUACCCUAGCUUAUUAUAAUUUGUC